GUUCCCACUGAGCACAAGCGCACGUGAAACGCGGUGAUAUCUAACUUUACUGUAAUAUAUCAUUUUUAUCACAUGUUUUUUUAAAUUAUGCAUCUAACGCAGAAACUGGAACUUUUCCCCGACCAAAGAGUGACUCAGACUCUUUUCAAAGAGGUGAAAAAUGCAGCAGAGUUGAGACAAAGUGCUGUGGAGGGCACAAUAAGUGGGGCUUUGAUCAACCCUACAAUGCUGGUGGACCCCUUUCAAGUGAUGGUCGCUGCCAACAAAGCUGUUCACUUCCAGAAAACCGGGAAAAUGAAAACGAGAAGUCUUUACUCAGAGAUUAUUUUCAACCUGUCGCCUACUAAUAAUAUCUCGGAGGCUUUCAAGAGGUUUGGGAUCUCAGAUGCAGACGACUCUGUAAUGAUCGUCGUGGUUCAUGACAAAAACGAGACGCAGCUCCCGCAAGAUAUCGCAGCCAAGGUGGAUGGACGUCAGGUUCCUGUGGAAGACGUUUCCUCACUGUCAGACCCUGCAAAGAUCAAAAAGCUGUAUAAAAUCACUCCCCAGGAAGAAAAGUGUGGGACGCUACUGGAUGCAGUUGUUUGCAGAAUGGCCACUAAAGACGUCAUGUAGCUAUAAAUUGAACCAGAACAUUAUGUCAUGCUGAUUUUUUGUAAUUCCACUAAAUUAUGUCAGGCCUGUUAAUAUUAUAUAAUUUUGAAUUCAGUGAAAACUUAAAAUAUCGGCUCUAGAAAAGUUUUAUUUGGAGUUAAAUGUGUUUUUUCAACGUCUUCAUGAGCUUGUGUUGAUUCCUGCGUCUCUAUAUCAAGAUCACCCUAACACACAAGGAAAAAAAAGGUUUAGGACAAAUUUAGCAUCAUACUGAGUUCAGCAGAUGCAAUCGUUUCUGUGUGUCAGUAGUGGUAUACAAUAAAUACAAAGUGCUACAGGCUAAAUAUAAUCAAGGUCUCUAGGCUAAAUUUCAGACUCUGUCAACCUAAGAAGAAAAGAAUAUAUAAUGUACUGGUUGUCAUAAAACUUGGUGCACAUUUUGACAAAAGUGUAUUGGGAUGAAAAACAUUUGUAUUCAUCAAAA